AUGUGGUUCCCAGGAUCGUCCAAGACCUCUUCAUCAUUGCGUGAUGCAUUUUGGACCUUUGUGAGAACAUAUUCCUUCCCGACAGAUAACUGGUGCAGCAUUGCAGGCCGCAAAUUCGAGAAGACGAGGCAAUUCUCUAUUGCCGAAGCAGGCUUCGACCUCGAUAUCAUUGAAACCGACGAGGAAGAAAAAGUAAGGCUCGCAUUUUGUCAGCUUGCCCUCGGCUACCAAUUCCGAAAUUCAAAACUUCUGGCGGAGGCUCUAAAUAUAUGCUGCGACGCCAAUAUGCGACUCGCACAAAUUGGGGAUGAAGUCCAGGGUCUUCUACUGUGUGAGGAGGCAUAUUGGUCGGGUGUGCUGACCAAUGGUGAGAUUGAGCACAAUGUGAAGCAGAUAGUCGGAAACAAUAACUACCAGACAUAUGUGGCGUACGAACACGGUCUUGACAACUACAUGUACCUCCGCAAGGUCUCCUUGCCAGGCCACCAUGAAGACCAUAACUCGAAGCGUACUACCAAAGGGCCACGAUACAAGACUCGAAUCGAAGUGAGAUCAAAGUGUGUUGCUGACACAUUAGAAGCAAUACUUGGUGCGGUCUACCUGGAUAGUGGCAGCGCUUGGAGAGAAAAUUGCUUGCAGGUUAUGGCAAAGUUCAAACUUGACAUGAAGGCUUGUAUCACUGCACAGGUUUUCAAGGAGGAAACCCCUCUGACAUAUAUAACCCAUAUUGCUUGUAUGAAGAAGCUAGCCAAGGAGAUAAAUCCCGCCGGGUACUAG